AGGACAAUGAAGAUUUCUGACAACAACGAAAUGUUGAUAAUCCUUGACAACCAUAGAAGAUAACAGCAAAGUUACCAUGGCAACAUUAAAUGACAUCAAAAUGAAGUGUAAUCUUUCAACACGUCAAAAUGGGACACUCAAUGAGACAGCAAACACAACUGGUCUCAUUGAUUAUGACACAAUGAUGAAAGAACAUUUGGAAUACCGACUUUCAGUUGACUUGUACGUCUAUUUGCUCCCGUUCUGGGUUUUCCUGGGAACAUUUGGCAAUUGUUUGAGUGCAGUUGUGUCUUUGCUAAAGCAGAUGAGGAAGUACUCAAUGAGUACAUACAUGUUCUUUCUAGCCAUAUCAGACACUGGGGUUUUAUUGGUUAGUGCACUGCGCUAUUGGAUGGGGAAAAUUGUCAAAAAUGGUGAUCUGAAAAUGCUCAAUGAUCCCGCUUGUAAGAUCAUUGGUGGAUUCCUCUACCACUUUGUGCGACAUUCAUCUGUUUGGAUAGUCGUAUUGAUGACGUUUGAACGAUUUAUAAUUGCUUUUUUCCCACUGAGGGCGAAAACGUUGGUGACAAAACGCCAUCCAGUGCUAGCAUGUUUGUUAGUAUGGGGAGUGUUGGCAAUAAUAGAUCUAAAUCUACUUUGGGUGUAUGAGCUAAUCUAUGAUUGCAUCGUCACCGAAACUACAGUAUCAAUACAGAAAAGAUGCUUCACGACAAAGGCGAGAUUCAUAUGGCCAUGGAUUGACUUUCUCUUGUAUUCAGCCUUGCCCAUUUCUCUACUUAUUAUUUUCAACACAUUGCUCUGUGUGAAACUCCUACAGACUUCAAAAUUGCGACGAUCGCUCACAAACAAUGAUUUUCGACACACAACAAGUACGAAGAAUCGAACAACAAAACAAGAUAAAGCAAAUCAAGAGCACAAAACAUACUUUUUAGUCGUUCCCUUGGUAAUAAGUACAGCUUUUAUCGUAACAACAACACCUAUUGCUAUAAUGGAGACAAUAUACUCUGACAUAACUGAUGUUGAUCCACACACAAUGGCUCAAAUACGCCUCGCUAGGACAACAUUUUUCAUCCUCAUGUAUACGAAUCACUCAAUAAACUUCAUUCUUUACUGGGUAACAGGACGAACAUUCCGUAAUGAAGUUGGAAACUUAGUAAAAUGUACACCAGAAGAUGUGACGUCACAUGAGCCCUCUCUUAGUAUUUCCCAGAACCCCUCUUCAGUAACAUUCACUAUCAAAUCGCAAGAUGUAACUUCAGAGGAUUCUGGUGUAACUGGGUUGUCCAUCAAAUGGUUCAAUGGUGAGGACUGUCAAUUUAAGAAUGACGAUACAACUGUCAGUCAUAUGUAAAAUUAAACAUUGGUGUAUCGCGACAAAGAAAAGACUCAUGUUCAAAUGGGCACUUUUACCAUAUGACCAGUUUUACAUAUGUCAAUGUACAUGUACAGUAUGUGAUGGCCAUGUAAUCUUACAGCUAUGUUGGAUGUAGUGUAUGUGUACAGUACAUGCAUUCGUAAUAUAUGUGUAAAUGUUUUUGUCCUGUCUUAAAUUAAAAUUAUAAUUUAUUGCUAAACUUUUGACCAAUAUGUAUCAAAAUCAUUUAUCAUUUAUUAAUGAAUUGAUUUGGACAUGCAAUAAGUGAUGAUGCAAUCAAACGCUUAAUAAGUAAUACGUUAUACGGGAAAAACAAACAUGCUAUAAGUGAGUUGCGAAAUCGCUCUAUUAUUACAAAAAAAUAGUGUGAUAUAUCAAUAAUACAUGCUUUUAAAACAUUUGCAUAUGUACAAGUAGUUGUAAUUUGAAAAGUCUGUGCAGU